GCUGGCGCCAAGAGUGCGCCCACACCCCCCCUCCCCACGUUUCGGAGCCACACAACAGAAUACAUUCAGUGCACCAGCACGAAGCAUGUCCUCUUCUCUUUACUCACUACUCACUUGUUCCGCAGACGCUCGUUUAGUCAGACGCGACUGUCAAAUAGUCAGAGUAGGUCGAAUGGCCCUUUAGUAGUUCAAAACACGCGGUUGACGAAUUUUUAGUUCUGUGCCAUAGAAAUAAACUUUAUAGAAGAACUUUUUGUGCUGUGAUAUACCUAAUAACGUUUGAAUUUUUUUUGUAUUUAUCGUUUAGUUUUAUGGAAUAUGACGAAUGGUGAUUGUUUUGAUUUGUGCAUCAACGAUAUGAAAAUGGCGGUAUCAUCGGAAGACAUGGGCUUCUGCUCGAGCGAGGACUACCUAGAGAACGAGCUCCACUCUCCCACGGACAGCUCCGAAGACAGCGUGGAAGUAAAAGUGUCCGCCAUCUCCCUAACCAACAAAAGGAAACGUUUAGAAUCGCCCAAGACCGCAGAAACGUUCACGGGACCGCUCAAAAAACGAAUGUGCCUAAAAGUCAAAGCGGAAAUCAACGAAAGUCACCCGUUCAGACCGUGGAGCCCGGCGCCGAAAAAGCCCGACGAAAGUAAUCAAAUUAAAGUGAAGAUAGAAGAACCCGUCAGUUUUCAGUUACCAAAAAUCGAGUGCCAAAAUAGGAUGCAGCCUAAGAUAGAACCGCAAUUUGCGCCCUAUUUCAGGCCGCCCUCCCCCGUCGAUUAUUACACGCAAUCGGAACCCGAACCGUUGCUAAAGAAACGCGAUAAUGAUCUCAACGAAGAUAUUAGAGUACCGGUACAUCCACAAAUUCAAAGUCUAUCCACCGCUGAAACUGAAAGGAUAAUACUCAAGUCCACUGAAAUGUUUCCUAAUUUACAGAGUUCGUCUAGUAGUAGCAAAUGUUCGGAUAUUCCUCGUAGAGAACAACGAAAUUACAAAAAUAUGACGCGAGAGAGGAGGAUCGAAGCGAAUGCUAGAGAAAGAACGAGAGUUCAUACAAUUAGCGCGGCUUUCGACACUUUAAGACGUUCGAUACCCUCGUAUUCCCACAAUCAGAAACUAUCAAAGCUAUCGGUGUUACGAAUAGCGUGCUCCUAUAUCAUGACGUUGUCUUCCGUGUUAAACGAGGAUGGUACCGAAUCGAAUGAUCCUCCUGUAGACGAAUGCGUCGAUUUGGUGACGAGAACCAUCCAACGCGAAGGAAAAUUGAGGAAAAAGAAGGACGAUAACGACUGAGUCACUUUUUGUGUUGUGUUUUUCAUUAGUUCCUAAAAGAAUGUUUGAAUUUAUUCCAGAAUGUGGAUGCUGCCAAAAUAUAUUUUGUACUUACAGUACAUUUACGUUGUACAUAGAUUUAUACGAGA